AUACAUAUCUAUUAUAAUUAAGGCUUGAUAAAAAAUUUUAAAACGAGUUUAACGAUAAUAAGUUUGUAGAUAUGCAAGUAAAAAAAAUACAAUAAGGUCGUUGACUGAUAUUGAUAAUAAUGAAAUAGCACCCAAGUUAAAAAGUGUUUAUCAACUUUUAAACAGUAUUGCUGAGUUGAGUGCAGUUGAAGCAUCAAAUUUUUCAUGUCAAUCGUUUCGUUUAAACUGUUGUAAAUUAGUUAUCAAUGUCAAGUGUAAUAUUUAAAUUAUUAAUCGUUACAAUUUGGGCAUGUAGUAUUUUAAUUAAUGCUUCACCAAUUGUAAAAAUAAAAAAUGGAACUCUCGAGGGCUCAAUAAUGAAAUCUAAAAAUGGAAGAAAUUUUUAUUCUUUUAGAGGAAUACCAUAUGCUCUUCCACCAAUUGGUGAAUUGCGAUUCAAGUCUCCAAAACCUGCUACAUCAUGGAAAGGUACACGAUCAGCAAAAAAAGAUGCAGAUAUGUGCAUUCAAGUCAAUAGUUAUCAAAAGAAUAAUUUGCUUGAUAAAAUAAUUGGUUCAGAGGACUGUCUAUAUCUUAAUGUAUACACACCCGAAUUACCAACUCUCAAUACAGAAAAUAUAUCAAAAAAAUAUCCAGUAAUGAUUUGGAUUCAUGGAGGUGGAUGGUUAGAAGGAUCUGGUCAUUCAGAUUGUCACAGCCCAAUUUAUUUUCUCGAUCACGAUAUUGUUCUAGUUACAAUAAACUACAGACUUGGUCCAUUGGGUUUUUUAAGUACCCAAGAUAUAGUAUCACCGGGUAACUAUGGAAUGAAAGAUCAAGUCCAGUCAAUAAGAUGGGUCAAAGAAAAUAUUGAUGCUUUUGGUGGUGAUCCAAAUAGUGUAACACUAUUUGGUGAAAGUGCAGGAGGAGCAAGUAUUCAUUAUCACAUGAUGAGUCCUCUUGCAAAAGAUUUAUUUCAUCGUGGAAUUUCACAAAGUGGAACAGCUUUAUCUUCAUGGGCAUUUAAUAAUGAAAAAACUGCAAUUGAAAAUGCAAAUAAACUUGGAAAAUAUCUCAACUGUCCAAUAUCAAAUUCAGAGAAUUUAAUUGCAUGUCUUAAAAAUAAAAAUGCAAGUGAUAUAAUGGAUACUGAUUCAAUAUUUAAAAUAUUUAGUAUAGAUCCAAUAAUGCCAUUUAGAGUUGUCAUAGAACCAAAACAUCCAGGUGCAUUUUUAACUGAAGACCCGGUUGAAUUGAUAAAAAAUGGUCAAGUCAGGGAUACACCAUGGAUGACAGGAAUUACAUCACACGAAGGGGCUCCUCCAGUAUUUUUUCUUUAUAAUUCUGAUGAUUUAAUUAAAUCACUAAAUGACAAGUGGCAAGAACUAGCACCAACUACUCUAAUGUAUCAACAGACACAUGAUGAAAAAUAUCACAAUGAAAUGGCUAAAAAAAUUCGUAAAUUUUAUUUGAAAAAUAAAAUUAUUGAUGAUUCAUCAAAGUCUGAUUUAAUUGAUAUGUACUCAGAUUUUUGGGAGAAUUUUGGUACCCAUCUGUCUGUGAAGUAUCAUCUUAAACAUUUUGGAAGCUCAGUAUUUUAUUAUGAAUUUUCAUACAGAGGAAAAACAUCAUUGAUCGAGACAUAUGGCAGUAAAGAAAAUUAUGGUGUUUCACAUACUGAUGAUUUAAUGUAUCUUUUUCCGUUGAGUAAACUAAGUUUUAGUCCAGAUAUUAAACAAAGUGAGGAAGACCAACAAAUGAUUGAUGUACUUACAAACAUUUGGUGCAAUUUUGCCAAACAUGGCAAUCCAACUCCUGUUGUAACGAAACAAUUACCAAAUAAAUGGAAACCAGUGAGAACUGAAGAUUUGGAAUUUUUUUUAAUAAAAAAUCCAGAAAAUAUGUUUAUGUCAAAAAAUUUUAAUAAAAAACGAAUGAAAUUUUUGGAAAAUUUACCAUUUAGAAAAUUAAAUGAUAGAGUCAAAGAUGAAUUGUAAUUUUUUUUCUCCAUUAAUUAAUUGUAAAACAAGAAAAAUUGUAACUUAAAAUAGAAAUCAAUUUUUUAAAAAAUGACGUUGGUUUUUUUUUUUCAUUCCAAUUAUAGUUGGCAAUGUUGUUCAACAAAAUAAAUUGAUUCAAGUCACGAUAAUUAUAAUAAAUAUAAAUAAAAAACAAUCAAGAUUUGCUUCAAUUAAUUUCAAUUAAAUAAGCCUUGAUAAAUUAUUUCAAAAGACAAUUUAAAAAAAAAAAGCUAAAUACAAUUUAGAUUAGAUUUUUUUUUUAAAAUUUGAUUCAAAUGAGAUACUGUGAAUCAAAUAUUUUCAUUCAAAAGAUAACAAUAUUUCGAUUAUCUAUUUAUAAUGUCAUUGUGAUAAAUUUAUUUCUUGAGAAUGUAUUUGUAUAUGCAGCUCGAUAAGAUAGAAUGAAAAAAUAAAAAAUAAAAAUUAC